UGCUCCCUGGCUACCAAGCAGCCCCCAACCUGGAUGGAGUGAAAGAUGCGGCCUGAUGACAUAAACCCUAGGACUGGGCUGGUGGUGGCCCUGGUCAGUGUUUUUCUGGUCUUUGGCUUCAUGUUCACUGUCUCUGGCAUGAAGGGGGAAACUCUGGGGAACAUCCCUCUGUUGGCCAUCGGGCCAGCCAUCUGCCUACCAGGCAUCGCAGCCAUUGCUCUGGCCAGGAAAACCGAAGGAUGUACCAAGUGGCCAGAGAAUGAGCUACUCUGGGUCCGCAAGUUACCCUGUUUCCGGAAGCCCAAGGACAAGGAAGUGGUAGAACUGCUGAGGACCCCCUCAGACCUGGAGUCCGGCAAGGGGAGCUCAGACGAACUGGCUAAGAAAGCAGGCCUCAGAGGGAAGCCGCUCCCACAGGGGCCAGGUGAGGUGCCUAUGGCCAGCUCCAUUACCACCCCCACCCCCACUGAGGAAGGAGAAUGCCAGAGUCUAGUCCAGAGUGGGCGUCAGGAGGAGACGUCCAGAUAUCUGGAUGGCUACUGCCCCUCGGGCAGUUCCCUCGCCUACAGUGCCUUGGACGUCAAGGGCUCAGCCUGGGACAGAGCUGACCGCCCAGAGCCGGAGGACAGCAUCUUUUUUGUGCCCCAGGACAGUAUCAUCGUUUGCUCCUACAAGCAGAACAGCCCCUAUGACAGAUACUGUUGCUACAUCAAUCAGAGCCAAGGCAGGUGGGACCACGAGACAAUAGUCUGAUCUGGGUGUACGGGGGUCCCGUGCUAACAGACACAUUGCUACACUCAGCUCGCAAAAGAAGAAAAUCUCUGCUCCAACAGCCUUCACACUAUUAGAAACUAGCAUGGUAUGUGAUGGGGGUACAGACCUCUGGUGCCUGAUACUGUGUAAAUAGGCAUGUAGGGGGUAUAUUUAGGGAAGUAUUGAGAAUUACUUCUCUUUAAGGAAGAGGCAGUAAAUAGGAAAGAAAGUUCCAUUUGCUUCUGAACAAUUUAAACAAUUUGAAUGCUUUGUAAAACAGCCCCCAAAGUGCUAGCAAGCCCCUGGUGACAGCCAAAGUCUAGAGUGAGCCAUGUAUCAAAUGAUACAGGGCUAUCCACACAGAAGCUUCCUGCUCUGUGUCUGAAGAGAGUGAAGGAAAAUUUUGUGUUCCUUUAUAUGAAAUGAGUUUUGCCUGUUGAAAAUGUAGAAAAGCUUUUCACAUAUAGUAAUUGCUGAAAGAAAUAAAAAUCAAGAUAGAAUAGGUAAACCCUCCUUCGAUGGGAUGGAUUUUGGAGGAAGGGGAGUUUAAGUAGUAGGACUAUAUAUAACUGAGUCCUGGCCUCUGACAAGAUCACUGUUUCAAAUAAAGUGUUGGUUAUGUUAUGUGAAAAGUUAAUAUUUAGGUGGUUGUGUUACUUCUUAAACUCAUUUGGGUUGAUUUUCUGGGACUUCAUUUGAAAUUUUUAAAUGUUUAUUAACACUCAUGUAUUUCCUCACCAGGUGCAAAAUGACUUGAUGUAAUAUUUUCAUAGAUUAGAAUUUCUUUUUAAUAAGACAAAACAAAUUUUACAUGUGUGUGUGUCUAUUAAAGUGUCUUCAAGAUUUCUGAGAGGCAUGUAUAGCCAUUACUAUAUGCCUUUUAAAACAUGAAACUACAGAGUCAAUUAUUUAGUCCUGAACAUUGUAAAAAAAAUGUGUAUGAAAUGCAAUGGUUAAGCUUUUGGAAAUGCUGUUGUUUGUACAUUUGUUUAACAACCUCCCCCUACCCCUGCAAUGACUGUAAAUACCAAUGAAACAAGAGUUAAUUUAUAAGGUUUAACAGAAGCUCAUAUUUUACUAAGUUUACUGGAUCAGUGAAAUUUACAUGAGAGAAACCUCAUUAUUUCCUGCUAUUUUUGUGACUGAGAAGAAACAUCAUAGUGAUAUCCUAAAAUUUGUCCUAUUUCUCUUGCUUAAUUGCAACAGAUUAAAAGAAUUAUCAGCUGGAAUGCCACUUUACCCUUCUGCAUUUUUAGAAAUGGUGAUAUAUUUAUUCUUGAGAAUUAGGAUUAUUUUAUACCCUUCAGUGAAUUUUAAUUCUAAUUAUUAAAUUUUAGUCACUUUCUCCCAAAGAGUGAAUUGAGGGGGGAAAAUGGGGGACUUGUCUCUUUUAAAUAUUUCAAGUUCAGCUCUGUGGUUCUUAAGUCAACUGUCCUGUCUUAAGAAUUAUGCUCUUAAAAGUCACAAUUCUUGAAUGAUGUUUAAGAUCAAAAGUAUGUCAUCUUUUAGUCAGGCUUCAAGGUCGGGAAAUGAGAUGUGUGAUCUUGGAGAAAGUUCAUCUUCCAACACCUCAGUUUCCCACUCUGUGGAAGAGGAAUGGGCAAAAGACUCAUUUACACUAAGUUGUUUCCAUCAUUCAUUCCCAGGUAGGAUAUCCUAACAUUAAAUCAAAGGAACUGUGUGUUGCAGGAAGUAAGCUACAGCAAAAUGCAUGCCCAUGUUAUGCAAUACAUGAUUAAAACCAUGCAAUGUGGAUUAAAUUGCUACUACUCAAAAAAAAUUGUAGAUAUAGUAAAGCAGAUGUAUUCCCUUACUAAAUAUUAUUUAUUACACACCAAUGCAUUCCUGUGCAUAAAACUGAAAAUAUUGAGAGUAAGAUAUUUUUGAAGAAA